GCACUCGAAUUAUGUUAAUGAGCUUAGUUCGCGGAGUGGUAAGUUGAGACCAGUUUGUUUCUGUUUGGCUGCAGAAACUUGGGAGGUAAUGAGUUCGGAAAUGGGUGUAGAAUGUUUCAGCAGCCAAUUAACUGAAGUGCUCGUCAUUACCAGGGCAGUAACGAGUAUAAACAGUAGUUGUGUGUGUGUGCCGGGCAGCAGAAUUGCCGUGCGUCCCACGUGAAGCGGAGCCCCUGUAAACAUGCUCGUUGCCGUUGCGCCCGUCUUUCUGUCGAUAGUGACGUGCGCGCUACCCGCCAGGACCAUGCAGCCACGUCGGUCGUUGAAAACCAACAGCCAAGGCUGGGUAUUCGUGGGGAAUUCAACAGCCGUCAACAAGCCAGUUUUCCAGAGAGAUUUCGGUGGGAUAACUUUGAACAUUACAGCAUUCAAGGUGGGAUACCUACUCGACUUUGAAGACAAUGACACAAAAAUAAUAGGAGUUUAUGGCGAUAUCUGGUACACACUGGCAGAAUACCUGAAUUUCACACUCCGCGUGAAGCGGCUCGCGAAGAAUGUGGUCGGGAUGCCGAACCCGGGCACCACCUGGGACGGCCUCAUGGGGUACCUGCACCGCGGCGAGACCCACGUCGUGCCACGAGUGUUCAUGAACAGCGAUCGUGCGAGGGUGGCCCACUUCGUGCACCCCUUCGCCCGCACGGGGUACCAGCUGUACAUGAGGAGCGGGCGCCCCAGCGUGUCGUGGUGGUGGGUCGUGCUGCCCUUCUCCCCCCCCUUGUGGCUGGCCGUGCUGGCGACGGUGCUCGCCGUGGCGGGGGCCACGCACGCCUGCGACCGGCUGGCCCGCGACCGCCUGCCCGGCCGGCCCCACGACCUCGACUUCUGGCGAGACCUCCUCCACGUGUGCGGCUUCUUCUGCCUCCAAGGUCACAGCUGGCACCAGGGCUGGGCGGGCGGGCGCCUGCUCCUCGUGGCGACCCUGACGACCGCGUGCGUCCUCUACCAGGCGUUCUGUGCCCAGCUCAUCACCUCGCUGACCUUCCGCGCCAGCUGGGAGCCCCCGUUCACCAGCCUCGAGCAGUUGGCGGCCGGCGGGCACGACUACAAGCUGGCCGUGCUGGGCGGCUCGCACGUGCACGCCUGCUUCAAGACCGCCACGGACGAGCACCUGGCGCGAGUGUGGCGGAAGUACACCGUGGUGGUGACCAACAUAUCGGACGGAGUGCAGCGAGUCUGUCGCAGCCACACUGCGUUCCUCAGCCUCCCGGAGAACGUGUACGCCGCUAACCCCCCGUGCAGUCUGGAGAUUGUCAGCCGCCAGAAGUUCUUCCCGACCUGGAUCUCCAGCGGAAUCAUCAGAAACUUCCCCCACCAGAAGGUGCUCGACAUCAGCUUCAUAAAGAUCCAGGAGACGGGGGUGAUGAAGAGGAUGGUGCUGCGCCACAUCGCCCCGCACCGCAAGAGGCACCGCCGGCAGGGCGGCGCCCGGUCCAGCGAGAUGGAGCUGGAGCACAUCCAGCCCGUGCUGCUGGUCUACUGCACGGCCGUCGCCGCGUCGCUGGCCCUCCUCUGCGCAGAGGUCGCGCUCGCAUCCCGCCGUGCCCAGGUUCCCGCGACGCGGGGAAGCAAGGUGGACUGCAGGACGUUGUCUUGGACUAAAUAGUGUUCCAGCAUAACUAAACUAAACUGUACUCCUUAGCCACGUUUUGAAUGAAUAUAUAUAUAUAUAUACUGGUGUAUAAAUCAUUAUCAGUUUACUGACAGUUCUAAUAUCUUUUUACUCCCGUCUCUGUAAAAUUUAAGUAAACAGAUGAUGUGACUGUUACGUACCAGAUCAACAAUGUCAGAAGCAUUUUUCUGUAUUUUCUUGAUUUAUGUUGCUGUAACUAGUGAAGAAUAAAGACCCUCCACAUGAAU